AUGUUAAAGUCAACAAACUCAAACGGUGUGUCCGUAUAUCAGGUUUCUGGUACGAAUGUAGCCAGAUCACUUCCUGAUUGGAUAGCACGGAAAAGAAAGAAAGCACUUAGAUAUGAUGUGGAUUAUCAAAACAGGGUGGAGUUAAUUCAAGAUUUCGAGUUUAGCGAGGCAUCAAACAAAAUCAGGGUGACGAAUGAUGGUCAGUAUGUAAUGGCAACAGGUACAUACAAACCACAAAUACACGUUUAUGAAUUUUCUAAUUUAGCCAUCAAGUUUUCCAGGCAUACAGAUGCAGAAAACGUCGAUUUUACGUUAUUGAGUGAUGACUGGACAAAAUCAAUACAUCUUCAGAAUGACAGAUCAUUAGAGUUUCAGAUAAAAGGUGAGAGAUAUUACAAGACAAGAAUUCCGAAAUAUGGUCGAUGCCUUGCCUACAAUGAUGUUUCAUGCGAUUUGUACGUCGGAGCCUCCAGUGAUGAAGUUUUCAGAUUGAAUUUAGAAAGGGGAAGAUUUAUGAGGCCAUUUACAAUUGAAAGUAACGGGGGAGUCAACAGUAUUGAUAUUAAUAAACUCCACGGUCUUGUUAGCAUGGGUUUAGAUGAUGGUACAGUUGAAUUUUGGGACCCUAGAGCCAAGCAGAGAGUGAUAAAGGCAGUCAUAAAUGAUGGAAGUGGAGCAAAAGGAGAGAUAACUUGCGUUAAAUUCAGAAGAGAUGCUUUAAGUUUUGCAUGCGGUACAUCGAAUGGUGUGUCUUUGCUAUAUGAUCUUCGUAACUCUAAACCAUUAAUAACAAAAGAUCAAGGUUAUGGAUUUGGAAUCAAGGACAUUAUCUGGUUGGACAACACUGGAGCGGAGGUCAAUAACGACUUGAUAUUGACAUCUGAUAAGAAGAUUGCGAAGAUAUGGAAUAGAAAUACCGGAAAGCCAUUUGCAGCAAUGGAACCGAGUGUCGACAUUAAUGAUGUGGAAUAUGUUCCAAACUCAGGCAUGUUCUUUAUGGCAACCGAAUCGAUUCCUAUGCAUACAUAUUACAUACCAGCACUUGGACCUGCACCUAAAUGGUGCUCGUUUCUUGACAAUAUUACUGAGGAAUUGGAGGAGAAGCCUUCUGAUACUGUUUACUCCAACUACAGGUUCAUUACUAGAGAUGAUGUUAAGAAAUUGAAUAUAGAACAACUUGUUGGAACAAGAUUAAUGAAAGCUUAUAUGCAUGGUUACUUUAUCAAUACCGAGCUUUAUGAUAAGGUGAAGUUGAUUGCAAACCCAACCGCACUUGAAGACGAAAGAGAAAGGGAGGUUAAGAAACGGAUUGAGAAAGAAAGAGAAUCGAGAACAAGAACUGCUGGAGCAGUUACUGACACAAAGAUUAAAGUUAAUAAAAGUAUUGUGGGUCACUUGGAAAAGAAGUUUGGCUCCAAUGUUGCAGAGAAUGUUGUGAAUGAUGAACGUUUCAAAGAAAUGUUCGAAGACCCUGCAUUCCAGGUUGACGAAUCUAACUUGGAUUAUCAGCAGAUUAAUUCCGGUACUGCUUUGGGUGGCUUGAAACCUUUAACCGCUGCUGAGGAAUCUGAUGAAGAGAGACUUGAGGAAGAAAAGAAUGACGAGAUGUCAUUGGACGAGCAAGAUGAAGAAGGAAAUGAGGAUGAAGAAGAAAAUGAAGAAGAUUCCGAAGAUGAAAAGGCGAAGAUGGAAGCUGAAGAGGCACGGAAAGAAAAGAUAAGAAAGCGGCUAUUAAAGAGAGAGCACGAGAGAAAACUAGAGGAAGAAAGAAAGAGGAAGUACUUGUCUCAUCUUAAGACUCUAGGAGGAGUGACUGAAUUGGAUAAAGGAUUGGCCGAAAACAAAAAGAAAAAUCUCUCGUUUGCAGAACAGGUGGCAAUACAAAGAAAGAAGAACCAAAAAGAAAAAAUGAAGAAGAAAAACGUCAGAAUACAUAAAGCUCCUUCUGGCGCUGCAGAGAUUACUUUUAUUCCUCGUGGUAAAUCGAAAAAGACACGGUCGAGUGAUGAAAACCUACAGGGAAAGAAGAAACAGAUUUAUGAAGGAAGAAGAAGAGCCAGCAAAAAUACGUUUAGGGGAAUGUAG